GCCCGGGUGCCUGCAGCCGCCGGAGCAGUCGGGGGACCGAGGCCCGGGCAGCAGCAGCAUCUGGGAGAAGUUUGGUGUGUCCGAGUCCAGCGCCGAGGGUCCGCAGGGUCGCGGGAGCAGAGGGGCGUCGGGCUCGGAAGUUCCGCUGAUGGGCUCCGACGUGCGGGACCUGAACGCGCUGCUGCCCGCCGUGCCCUCGCUGGGCGGCGGCGGCGCGGCGCAGUGGGCGCCGGUGCUGGACUUCGCGGCCCCCGGCGCUUCGGCUUACGGAUCCCUGGGCGGCCCCGCGCCUCCGCCCGCUCCGCCGCCGCCUCCGCCGCCGCCGCCGCCGCCUCAUUCGUUCAUCAAGCAGGAGCCGAGCUGGGGAGGCGCGGAGCCGCACGAGGAGCAGUGCCUGAGCGCCUUCACGGUCCACUUCUCCGGCCAGUUUACCGGCACAGCCGGAGCCUGUCGCUACGGACCCUUUGGUCCUCCUCCACCCACUCAGGCGUCCUCCGGCCAGGCCAGGAUGUUCCCCAAUGCACCCUACCUGCCCAGCUGCCUCGAGAGCCAGCCAGCCCUGCGCAACCAAGGAUACAGCACGGUCACCUUCGAUGGGACACCCAGCUAUGGUCACGCCACCUCGCACCACGCAGCACAGUUCCCCAACCAUUCCUUCAAGCACGAGGACCCCAUGGGCCAGCAAGGCUCACUGGGCGAGCAGCAGUACUCCGUGCCGCCCCCGGUCUACGGAUGCCACACCCCAACGGACAGCUGCACUGGCAGCCAGGCUCUGCUGCUGAGGACGCCCUACAGCAGUGACAAUUUAUACCAAAUGACCUCCCAGCUUGAAUGCAUGACCUGGAAUCAGAUGAACCUAGGAGCCACCUUAAAAGGCCAUGGCACAGGGUACGAGAGUGAGAACCACACUACCCCCAUCCUGUGUGGUGCCCAGUACAGAAUCCACACCCAUGGCGUCUUCCGAGGCAUUCAGGAUGUGCGGCGUGUGCCUGGGGUAGCCCCAACUCUUGUUCGGUCGGCAUCUGAGACCAGUGAGAAGCGCCCCUUCAUGUGUGCUUACCCGGGCUGUAAUAAGAGAUAUUUUAAGCUGUCCCAUUUACAGAUGCAUAGCCGGAAGCACACUGGUGAGAAACCAUACCAGUGUGACUUCAAGGACUGUGAGAGAAGGUUUUCUCGUUCAGACCAGCUCAAAAGGCACCAAAGGAGGCACACAGGUGUGAAACCAUUCCAGUGUAAAACUUGUCAGCGAAAGUUCUCCCGGUCCGACCACCUGAAGACCCACACCAGGACUCAUACAGGUAAAACAAGUGAAAAGCCCUUCAGCUGUCGGUGGCCCAGUUGUCAGAAAAAGUUUGCCCGGUCAGACGAAUUAGUCCGCCAUCACAAUAUGCACCAGAGAAACAUGACCAAACUCCAGCUGGCACUUUGAGGUGUCCAACCCAGGGACAGGUCUGUGUCCCAGGCAGGACGGUGUGUGAACUUCUUUCAAAUCCGAUUUUGAAAUUCCUCGUUCACCUACAAAGGAUGUGGCCGUGGAUCUUCAUCCAACUUCCAAGACAAGAUACCUGUAUGACUGGAUCCUACCGGAGGAGCUGGUCUGUGCUCUGCCCAGUUUUUGUUGACUCACAGGCCUGGAGAAGCGGCUAACAGCGUCUGGUUAGUUGAAAGCGUAUUGCUGUUUGGUCUGGCUUUCCCACUGUAAGAAGAGUCAUUGUUGAUCACGUCGUCCCCCACCCCCGCCCUUUCUCCUUUUAUGCCCAUUUUCACUAGGAAUGGAGUGAUUGUAGUAUUUUCCAUCAUGGAAUAUUUAUAGUCCGGGCAUGUGUAUGUGUCUGCUAAUGUAAACUUUGUCAUGGUUUCCAUUUACUAACAGCACCAAGCAAAGAAAUAAAUCAGAAAGCAAGGCACUGGGGGUGAGUUUCAUCCAGCAUGUCAGAGGUUAGGCGGCCGCUGACCUGGAAGGCAGGAUGUAGUUCUACUAGGCGACUUUUAAAGCUCAUGCAUUUUAAGCAACUGAAAACAAGAAUUGGAACUAACCAGUACCUCUGUAUAGAAAUCUUAAAGAAUCUUACUGCUCAGCGUUAACAUUAACACAAUGCUCUUAAGAAACUCUGUGAAGAUCUGAGAUGUUUCUAUGUUUUUUGACUUUUUCUGAGUUAUAAUCAGGGGCCUCUUUAGAGAUGUACUUAUCUCCUCACACAAAGGAAGUGGAGUUCAUUUUCAUCAUUUGGGGUGUCCUUAGAAUGUACAGAUCGCACUGGCUAUGUGGCUUCAUGUUGUAAAAAUUAAAGUGACUUUAAAAGAAAAUAGGGGCUGGUCCAGGAUCUUCACUGAUAAGUAAGACUGUUCUUGAGUAACUUAAGUGUCUUUGGGUCUACAAACAUAUGUGAAAAAAAAUGAGAUGUACCAUUGUGGGAAAAUCCAUCGUUUAAAAGUGUGUGUGUGGGGUGUAUGUGUGUGUGUAUGUAUUUGUGUGCGUGUGUGCGUAUGCACACAUUGUUUUUAAGGGAAGGAGUUUAUUAUUUACUGUUGCUUGAAUUUAUUGUGUAAAUAUAUAUAUUAUAUAUCUGAUAACGACUUGCUCUUUGACAACUAAAAUUAGAAAAUGUAUAAAUAUUAGAUGCCUCACUGUUUGGGUGUUGAUCUUACAGUGUAUUAAUAACACUAUAAA